AUGGUCCUCGAACCAGACGGCAAAGCUCAUGGAGUACUUAUCCUUAACAGCAAUGCGCAGGAAGUGACUACAGCACCUGGUCCCGCGAUAAUCUACCGAACAAUUGGCGGAAAUCUGGAUUUGUACUUUUUUCCUGGACCAACUCCUGAACAAGUGACUCAGCAAUAUCUGUCCCUUAUCGGAAAGCCAAUCCUGCCGGCCUAUUGGGCGCUAGGAUUUCAAUUGUCACGGUAUGGUUACAAGGAUUUGGAUGAUUUGAAAACGACCAUAGAAAGGAACAUGAAGGCCGGUAUCCCCUUGGAAACUGUUGUUGUUGACAUUGAUUUCAUGGAUCGAUAUAAAAUGUUCACCGUUGGAAAGACAUUCGAGGGCCUAGCAGAAUACUUAAAGGAAGUGCAGAGUUGGGGUAUGCGCGUGGUGCUACUGUACGAUCCAGCAAUCCAAGUCGACGACGAACCUUUUGCGAGAGCGCUGGAAAUGGACCUAUACCCUCUGGUGAAAAGCACAAAAAUCAUGCUUGGCGUGGUGUGGCCGGACCGUCACGUUGCAUUUCCGGACUUCCUCGAUCCGACCGAUGCCACAAAGAACUGGUGGAUUCAAGAAAUUGUUAACUUCCACAAGAAGGUGCCACAUGAUGGAAUUUGGAUUGAUAUGAAUGAGCCGGCUGCUUUUGGCACUAAUGAAGAAGUUCCGUGGUAUUUUCAAAUGGACGAUCAUCCCAAUAUUGAGCCGCUUUGGUGUCCAACAAAUUCAACAGAUAAGCAAUGGGAAGUGCCACCUUUCCAAACACACUCCGUUUACCACUACAAAGAUGUGAGUCUCAACACCAUUCAAGCAUAG